AUGCCUUCCAGAAUCGAGGAAAACAAAUACGAAAUCAUGGAUAUACUUAUCAAAAUCAACCAUGCCGGGGAUGAAAUCAAAGAGGACACGCUAAAAAUCGAACAAAUCAUGGCCUCUGGUGUUGUUACUCAAGAAGAAGACUAUGCGGUCAGAGUUUGCAGAAGAUUGAUCAAAUUUUCGAAUGGUCAGCUGGCUUCUUACAAGUACUGCUUAUCGUGGUGCUUGUGUGCAGAGGGAAUAAGUGAUGAAGAGAGAAUCGAGGCGGAAAGAAAGGCAUACUUGCUUCAUCAAGCUGCUUGCACUUGCUUGCAAGUUACGAGACUUAAUCAAGCUGUUAGAGAUCUUCAAGACUCGUCAACCGAAACACCUGAUGAAUCGUUAAUCGAACUUAUGAGACAGAUUGAAGAAAUGGCGCGCGAGAUUGUUCGAAGAGUUGCCGAGAUAGAGAGAGAAUUGGCUCUGAUAUCAGCAAGCAGAGCUCUGGAAAACUUGCGCAAUCUCGUCAGAGAAGCUGGGGAAUGA